GCAAACGCUCCUGUUUCAGGUGAUACUGUUUGAUCCCUUCCGGUCUCCGUAGAUUUCUAUGUUAUGACGUCAUCUGGUCGGACGGGAGAGAGAGAAACUUUAAACUUGCUAGGAAACUGGACGAAACUUUGUUUCUCCUUCAAUUUCCAGCUGGAUUUACGGUUGUGGGUCUUACACAUGGAUCAGAAAUGGAGCAUCGCUGAUGUACAGCGUGUGAACUUCAGACUUUUCUGGACCAGCAUGUGAGCUUGAACAAAUAUAAUUAAAUCAGAUCGAGGAGGACAUGGACGAACGAGAAGAUGUGACGGAGCGCGCGUGCACGGGCUGUGGCGGGAGGAUUCAGGACGCGUUUCAUGUGAAGGUUCUUCAAGACGCCUGGCACAACUCAUGCUUUCAGUGUUCUGUGUGCUUUGAUCUUCUGACAAACUGGUACUUUGAGAAAGAGGGGAGGCUGUACUGUCACAAACACUACUGCGAGAAGUUUGGGGAGUUGUGCCAUGGCUGCUCGCUGCUUAUGACUGGACCUGCUAUGGUGGCAGGAGACUAUAAAUACCAUCCUGAAUGCUUCGUGUGUUUAAGCUGCAGGGUGGUGAUUGAGGAUCAGGAUACCUAUGCCUUAGUGGAACGUACCAAACUCUACUGUGGUAAAUGCUACAAGCAGGUGGUCCUGACGCCAAUGUUGGAGAAGCGCGGUUUGGCCGACUCUCCAACGGACCUGCUCCCUCACACGGUGACUCUGGUGUCCAUGCCUGCUGCCACCAAUGGCAAAAGGGGUUUCUCUGUCAGUGUGACUAGAGACUGCACCAGUGCCACGGCCAGUGUCCAAGUCAAAGAGGUCAGAGGGAUGCAUAUUAGUCCAGAGGUUCGGAACGCCAUCCAUGUUGGGGACCGAAUCCUGGAGAUCAAUGGACUCCCGGUGUCAGCUUUGAUGGAAGAGGAGGUGGAGGACAUGAUCCAUCGGACCAGUCAGACACUGCAGCUGUUGAUGGAAUAUGAUCCAGUCAGACAGCGCCUGGACCGACUCCGCUUGGGCUCCUCCCGCAAUCAGUUGGGUGUCCCUGCGGCCUCCCGAAUGCGUAUGUCCUCCUCAACGGAUGCUGAGAUUGAACGAAGUGACUCAGCGGACAAUGGGACGUUAAAAAGGAGGUCCCUCAGACGUAGCAACAGUAUUUGCAAGUCUCCAGUUUCUUCAUCUCCGAAGGAUCCUCCGUUUCUAACUCGAGAUAUCGGACGAUCAGAAUCCCUCCGCUCUCCUUCCAGCUGCUCCCACCGUAUCUUCCGUCCCUGUGACCUCAUCCAUGGAGAAAUCCUCGGAAAAGGUUUCUUUGGACAGGCCAUCAAGGUGACUCAUAAAGCCACAGGUGAGGUGAUGGUCAUGAAGGAGUUGAUCCGCUGUGAUGAAGAGACACAGAAAACGUUCCUAAAGGAGGUUAAAGUGAUGAGAAGUCUUGAUCACCCACACGUUUUGAAGUUCAUUGGGGUUUUGUACAAGGACAAGCGGCUUAAUCUGAUAACAGAGUUCAUUGAGGGAGGCACUCUGAAGGAUUUUAUCCGAGACACGGACUCAUUCCCAUGGGAACAGCGAGUUAGUUUCGCAAAAAGCAUUGCAUCUGGAAUGGCAUAUCUGCAUUCAAUGAGCAUCAUACAUCGAGAUCUCAACUCUCACAACUGCCUGGUCAAACUGGACAAUACUGUCGUCGUAGCAGACUUUGGUCUGUCUCGUCUAAUUAUGGAGGACAAGGUCAAGCAGCCACCCCCCGACAAACCAACCAAUAAGAAAAGACUGUUUAGACGCAUUGACCGUAAGAAACGCUACACGGUGGUGGGGAACCCAUACUGGAUGGCCCCAGAAAUGCUAAAUGGUAAACGCUACGAUGAGAAAGUGGAUAUUUUCUCCUUUGGCAUUGUACUUUGUGAGAUUAUCGGUCAAGUUUAUGCAGAUCCCGAGUGUCUACCAAGAAUGCUGGAUUUUGGGCUCAAUGUGAGAAAAUUCAUUGAGAAAUUUCUUCCUGAGCACUGUCCUCCAGCUUUCUUCGCUUUGGCUGUGGCUUGUUGUGAUCUCACCCCUGACAACCGGCCUGCUUUUCAGAAGUUGGAGGACUGCUUUGAGGCAUUAACUCUGAAUCAGGAGUUGAACAUCCCUCUGCCUGCUGAACUGGAUGAUCUUCAGCAGAAUUUUUUAAGGACUUAUGGACCCAGUGAAAUUGCCUCUGAAAACCAGGAAAACAACAGAAACUAAUCCAACAGCAGCACAGGCUGAGAUACAGGCUGGAAUUUUUUUUAAUGAGUUUACAGAACUGAAUCAGAGCAUUUACCUUGGGUUUGCAUACUGGGAGCAAGCUGAUCCUGGUGUUCUUUGGAGAGAUCUGUCACAACACUCAGAACUUUGAGGGCAUUCUAGAACUGCAAAUGGUUCUUGGCAGAGUUCUGUUGAAAGGAACAGGUACAUUUCAGUGACCUUGAACUUCUUUCCACCAUUUUUUUUCCUUCUGUCUAAUUUGGAUGGCUUAUGAUUUAACCAUGUAGCAAAUGUUUAAGAGAGCCUACCACUAGUUUAGUUAUAGAUCUCCCUAAUGAAGUUUCAAAUGUCAGAUUUAUGAAAAUUCAUAGUGUAGCAUCCACUGAUCGAUAAUUAUUUUUCGAUCACAACAAUUAUAAAAAUGUGUUUGUCAUUAAACCUUUCAAGAACAUGUCUCGGUCAUAUUUCACCACACAGUUAUGCACAUCCACUAAUGAUAUUAUUUAAAGUUGUAUCAUUCAUGCCAAUUUAAAUAAUAAAAACAUGAUUGAGAAUAUUGGGUCAAAUAAAUAAAGAAUGAUUUUAGGGGGAAAUGUGCUUAAUUGUCAUGGAAAUGUAAAAGUGGAAUGUAUUUUCAAGAAUACGGUUAAAUGUAACCUGGAUAUGUUUUCAGGUGAUUAACGUCUUAAUUUCAAGUUAUAAAAAAUAUGGAAGGGUUUAUUGACUUGGAUAUUGAAACUACCUUAACUUGGAAUGUAAAUCAAGCAUUGAACCACACUGCACCCUGCAGGUAGUUGUGCUUAAGUGCACUCAAUCUUUUGACUGGUUCACUAGCACUUGAGUCCUGACCUCUGUAACUCUAUAAUAAAGUCAGAGAGAGAUAAAACUUUCAUGAAAGAAUGUAAUAAGUUUCUGAGUUCAGAUUUGGUUUGCUAUGUGUGGUUUCUUGGAAGUGUGUCUUACAUUGUAGUUCAUUCCUGGUACAUCAGUUAUUUGAAAACUGGAGUUGUUUAUUCCACUGUCAUGGACUCACUUUGUAAAUAUAUACCAUGACAGGGCAAGGGUGACUUUUUUCUGUAUCUAAACAUGCUCUGGAGUCAUAUUCUCCAAGUGAAAUGAUAAGUGAGAUCGUAAUGCUGGAUCUUGAGCAGCCGUUUUCAGCACAAUACUAAAACAGGCUGUAAUCAAAAUGUCUGCAACGCAGAAUUUAACGAGCAACGUUUUGUGAGGACGUUUGAAAAUGAAUGUCAUCCUUACUUUGAUCACAAAUAAUGUUUAAAUUAACUGGAUAUAUUGUUCAUGUUUGUAUAGAUUUGAUGUUGGGAUAAUGUGGAUUUGUAGUUUGCAUAUGUUUGUAGAAUGUGAAAAGCUGUAAAAGAGCAUUUUUUUUUCUAGUCUUAUCCGUCUAAGGUACUGACAUGUACAAAAUUAUAACCACUACUUGUACCCCACAGGAUUUCUUACACUAAUGUUUCAUGAAUAAAGAUGAGUACGUAUUGGC